AUGGCGACCACAGAGCGACAGCCUCCGUCAUCCGUCGAGGGAUCCAGCCCCAGCCGCCCGACAAUGUUUCAUCGGCUUUCAGACAACGCCAUUGACGAGUCUUCGGAUGCCGAUAGCGAUUUCGUCAAGUUGCAGAAAACCAUCAGCAAGGAGAGGCGGGAAGCUAGGGAGAGCCCCCAAGCUCGUUUGCAGCGAGCAUGCCCCUUCACCUUUCACCCCAAUAUCCGACCCCUCAGCAAGUCUGACUACGAAUCCUGUAUUGCGCUGGAGAAUGCGGCCUUUCCGGACCCGGCACACAGAGCUACACCAGAAAAGGCGAGUUCACCUUAUGCCAAUAUGGGCAGUGUCUUUUGCACAGUGGUGCCAGAAAAAGCCAAGAAUUGGACAAUCGAAACCUUGGAUACUGCCAAGCCUGUAGAAACCGAUCGUCCCAAUGGCGCAAAGAGCGUACUGGUGGCACAUAUCGUGGCUACGCGCUGCACCGGAAACACCAUCACAGACAAGGAUAUGGACUAUCCCAAAGACUGGCGAACUCGUCGCGGUCGGUCGGCAGACGUAGGACAUCAAGAAAGUGGGCGGACCGUUGCGCUGCACUCCAUGGCCGUAGCUCCAAAGCUUCACGGAUGUGGAAUCGGCCAGAUGAUCAUCAAGGCCUACCUGCAACAGAUGAAGGACGCGCAAGUGGCGGAUCGCGUGGCGCUGAUAUGUCAAGAUUAUCUUGUUACCUACUAUGAGCGGCUUGGGUUUAAGUGUAUUGGUAAGAGCCCUGUCGAGUUUGGAGGAGGUGGGUGGCAUGAUAUGGUGAGUCGCACUUCCUGA